CUUUGUGUUGCGUGGAAUAUUACAAAUGCUGCUACCAAACAGUAAGCCAUCGGCAGCGUUGAUGCUUCGAAGUCGUAUGAAACGCCGCUACUUCUUCGUCGACUGGUUAUGGCAUAAAAUGGCUUUUCUCAAACGCAAGAAGGUCAAGUUUAGUGUUGAUUUGCAGGUAUGUAACCUCAGUGAUGUGCCCCUUGUGAAUGCUGUUCUAUUUGCUAAAAUUCGACUGUUGGAUGGUGGGACGUUUGAUGACUGUACAGAGCGUGUGGAAGUGUUCCGCAACAGCUGUUCGUGGUCGCAUCGUUCGAACUUUUGCUGUCGGAUAACAUCUGAUCCAACUACGGGCAUGCUGGAACGAUGUUUGUGCAGAAUAUCAAUACGAAAGGAGCAAAAAGGCGGCAAGUCGUUUGUGAAGCUUGGUUUUGUCGACAUCAACCUUUCCGAGUUUGCAGGAAGCGGUGUCGAAGGAAUGACUAGGUCUUAUCUUCUUGAUGGAUACGGGUUAAAUCAACGUCAGGACAAUUCUAAAGUCCAAAUCAAGGUGACCAUGACACAUCAGAGCGCAGAUCCUUUUUUCCGAGUUUCAAGAAUUCCAUCACUUUGCUGCAGGAUCGAUGCUGGUGGGGUGAUAGACCGGAUGCUAGCUGAGACACGAUGGACGACCCAGAGUGAGACAAGCACCUCAGAGGAAGUUAAGUAUAGUAUGUUUCUGUUUCACUUUACGUCAUACGUGGCCCCGGUUUCGCGAUUCAGUGAGCCUAGAAAGAGACGAGACGUGUGCUUAAUGGAAAGUCUGCCCUCAGCUCACCAUUUUCUCCCCAAUCGCGACCCCACGUGUUGGCGUAAAGCCAAAACUUCACCCCGUUAUCUUCCCCCCACCCCAUCAAUUUUGCGCAGUGUCCAUAUAGUUGUCUCGUCGCGAUUCAGUCGCGACGAUCAAAUCGCACUAAUUCUAAUAUUCUGCGUGAUUUCGAUGUCUUCGUGUUAA